AGUGGGUAUUCAGAAGUGUAUUGCUCUUCCUCGAGAAAUUGUCACUUUCAUUGUUUGUUUUGCAUCGUAGUCAACAUUUCUUCGCCACUCAAUAGAUUGACAGGCUCGUUUAAGUCACGAAAAGGGAAAAAGAAAGCACGUGUUAAAAACAAAUCGUCUUUAAUAAUCGAAGAGAUGUCCUCUGUAGACAGCAGCACUGUUGAUAGUACUAAUUUCACGAGGCCGAGGUUCCUUUACUCUGGUGUUGUCAAGAAGCUGCACAAACGAAGCAGUACCAAAUAUCAGAAAAGAAGACUGGAAUUCCAUGCAGACAGAGUGGACUAUUACAAGAUAGAUUCAGACAAAAGAUCUGGUACAAUUCCCAUAGCUGGAGUCAGAGUUGAGUUGCAGCAUAACGAGCAGCACCACUUUGAGUUUGUGUUUGACGACAUAAAGGCGCGACGGUACGUGUUCCUGUGUACUUCAGAUGUUGCUAAGGCGAGCAUGCUCUGGAUAGCUAAUGGAGAACAACACAACAACUACGGGCCCACAAUGAGACAACUUCGACCGGGCACACUGGAAUACAUGAACAACAUGAAGUCUCAAAACAUCAUCCGUGAACUUAUUCUCAAGAAGUAUAAGCAAGCUGCCAUAUAUUUCUCAUCAGGACAAGCAUUAACUAGAGACUAUGAAGAUGCAGACUCAAUUGGUAUAGAGAGAAUGACCAAAAUUCAAGAUUCAGAUUCCUCUUCCUCGUCAGACGAUGAACUUGAAAGUCGAAGAUCAAGUUCAGCAUCCAGUUCAAAACUUCUUCAUCGAACAGAAUCACAGACUUGUUCCCUCAAAAGUACACAAAAUUCGUUUGACGAAAAAGAGGGAUACAUGACAGCAUGUUCAGUACCUCAUGCUCAGCAGGAAAUGCAGCUAAAAUUCUCGGCUCAGAAAGGCACUUCCUCCCUGGACUUGUCAGAAGACGAUCCGAAUUACAUGACACUCCCACAACUACAAUCAUAUGACUCUCCCACAAAUCAACUGAGUUCUGUCAUACGCAGUCGUCUUGCUAAAACACCUGCACAACCAUCUCUUACCUCAACCAACAUAUACUCACAAUCAAAUCCAGGGAUCAAGAGAGUGACGGCAAACAGACCAGACGUAUUGUACAGCAUUAUAUACAAUUGCAACGACGAUAAUGUUGUUGAUUUUGGAGCUAGAGAAGUCAAUGCAGUAAAGGUGAAAAUAACUGGUCAGGCGGACUUCAUAGAAAUAGAUAUUGCAGACCUAGGGCAGACGAUUGAGGAGCUCAAGUUUACGUUAUGCAAUGAAUUCGAUAUAGAUAGGGAGGAAAUUGUUUGUAUAAGAAAACUGCCAGAUGUCAGAAUAACCAAUGACAAGGAUGUUAGAAGAAUAAGAGCAGGAAGGAAAAUUGAAGUUGAGGUUAAAGACACUUAAAGAUACAUUCUGUAAAUCAGUACAUUCUGAAAACAAACUACUGGACAUUUUUUCUUCUCCAUCUUCAAAAUGUUCAAAUAUUUUCAAAAACAAUUGUUUUGUAUAUUUUAAUAUGGAAACUGUAGGUAGAAGCCAAAAUGUUUGGGUGAUCCUGAUGUUAAAUAACUCUUCGCUCGAUAAUUACAAGUUUCUAAAAUUAGUUACUGAUUUGUUGAGCUAUACUAGACAGACGACUUGAGCCGCAGUAGUUUGCUACGAGUUGACAAUCAAAUACCAAAUUGUAGUUUAAAAAUAUAUGGUUUUUUAUUUUAUUAUUUCU